AUACCACAGAAAGCCCUCCUACACAUGAGACGACCGCGUCGCCACCUAUCGACGCACAAGUUGAGUUAUAGUCAUCUUAAAUAGGCGCUCAUUCGCUCAUUGUUCCUCAUUAUUCAUAGUAUUCAUAACGCUAUACGUUCGUGUGGGUCGCGUAUGAAUCGCAUAUGGAGGAAAAAUAUCCUUUAUCCUUGAUCGGCUUCGUAAGUGCAUGUGCGUCACGGGGCUCGAGUUGUUAUUUUUUACUGUGAAUGCUGUGUGAUCAUCACCGCGCUCCUCGUCAACUCUCGUGUGCCCUCGGGCCGAAAAUCAAAAGCAAGUCAUCCAGCCGACCAAUCAGCCGCUGGAGUUGAUCGCGCGCCUCCGAUCACGUAUCUCCGUCACGCUCUAACCUCACUCGUAUCUCUACGUCCCUCACGCUUCCUCUUCUCUUUAACGCCCUGCCCCUCCAUCCUUUCGACGCGCUCCUCUUUCUCCUCCUCCUCAUCAUCUUCCUCCUCUUCCUCCUCCGUCGCUGCCUUCUUCCUGUCGCGUACGUCCAGCGCUGUUUGUCUCUUCCUCUCCCGCCCUCUCUCUUUCUUUCUCUCUCUCUCCCUCCCUCCCUCCCUUCCUUCCGUUAGAAUCGACUUAGUGCAAAUUUACGUGUGUACUACGGACAACAGCAUCGGACAUCCAGGAUGCAGGCCAUCAAGUGCGUGGUCGUCGGCGACGGUGCGGUAGGUAAAACGUGCUUACUGAUAAGCUACACCACUAAUGCGUUUCCCGGAGAGUAUAUUCCAACGGUGUUCGACAACUAUUCUGCGAAUGUGAUGGUCGACGGAAAGCCGAUUAAUCUCGGCCUAUGGGACACAGCCGGACAAGAGGAUUACGACAGAUUACGGCCGUUGUCUUACCCACAAACCGAUGUCUUUCUCAUCUGCUUCUCGUUGGUAAACCCGGCAAGUUUUGAAAAUGUGCGUGCCAAAUGGUAUCCGGAAGUACGUCAUCACUGUCCUGCUACUCCAAUUAUUCUAGUUGGCACUAAGCUAGAUCUGCGUGAAGACAAGGAGACCAUCGAGCGUUUGAAAGACAAAAAACUAGCUCCCAUUACUUAUCCUCAGGGUUUAGCAAUGGCAAAGGAGAUUGGUGCUGUUAAAUAUUUGGAAUGCUCUGCUUUGACACAGAAAGGCUUGAAGACUGUGUUCGACGAAGCGAUACGCGCUGUACUGUGCCCGGUUCUGCAAGUGAAGCCAAAGCGCAGAUGUUUCCUUCUAUAAUAUUAAAUGUACCCCUCUUUGCACGUUGGUACUGGAACAUGUUUGAAAGUGUCUUGUCUCAUCUCCAGUGUACCAAGCACUAAUCGAAUUAAUCGGGUGAAUUAUCGGGUGAUUUACCCGAUCCAAAUUAUCAUUUGGAACCUCAGUUGUACCAGCCUACGUCAGCUUAGAGGCUGCAAACAUCUAUCAACAUAAGCGCACAAAUGUCAGUUCGGUAUAAAUUUCCAGCGAGCAAAACAAAAGAGGGUUCACAAAGGAGAAUCGUGAAUUUGAGAUAUAAAUUCAUUUUUGUGUGGCCUCCACCACAUCUGAAAUGAAAGAAUAAAUUAAUUACUGAAGUUUUCUGCUAUCUAUAUGAGCCACAAACUUCCAGUCUAGACAGUCUAAUCACAUUAUAGGGCUAUAAAUGCGAAUUGACUGGAUGUUUAAGCAAAAGGAGUGUAAAAGAAGCCAAAAUAACUGAACUAACUACUGUACAGUAUACUAGAAGUACGUUAUUAAUAUUACAAUUAAUAAUUAUAUAAUGAAUGGGUAAAAGAAGAAAGCAAAUAUUACUAUAUGAUUGUCCAAACAUUGACUGUAUACUGAUCAGUUUAAUCAAAGAGGAAAACCAUUUUAUGCUAUUUGCCAUUGUACAUUUUAGAUAGGACAUAGUUAAUGUAUUUAAAAUGGAGGAAAAAAAAAGAGAAAAAAACAUGGUAGUUUUCCUUAUUCUAAAAGAUAUUCAAUAUUCAUCAAGAUAUAAAUUCAGAGAGAAAGAGAAGAGAGAAUAUUUUUUAGAGAUAUGUGUGUAGAAUACAUGGCAAACCUCUUUGGAAGAUAUUCAUAUAGAUGUUCAUUAUAAAUGUGAAUAACGGUAAUGCCACGCAUAUAUACAUUUCUUCAAGUACUUAGAGCAACUAUAAGUAUUUUUUUUUUAUUCAACGCAACAUGUUAUCGAAAGCUUUGACAGAGCCGCGUACAGUCUCUUUCGUAUAGAGAAUUUAUUAAUCUUUGAAAAACACUAAUCUGUUACGUUCGUAAGGGUUUAUUUGAGAAAUUGUAUAUCUUAGACUUAUUUGAGAAAUUGUAUAUAAAAAAAAUCUAAUUGAAGGUGUUAGAUGCGUAAUCGAAUGCCAUUCAUUGUUCACUGUGCACGUCCUAUAUUUAAUUCUGUUCAUGCGCAAUAGUUAAAUAACAAUUUUGCUUCAAAUUCGUAACAAAUCCGAAAUGAGAUAAUUAACCGAUAGAUAUGCGAAAAAUGAAAACACUAACUAUAUUUUCCGAGUGGAAUCGGUAGCGCAGCGGCCGCAUAAUAUGGCUUCCUUCUUCCACUAAAUUGGAUAACAUUAAAUGUUACAUACCGUAAUUUAAGAGAAAAAAAAAAAUAGCUGACUGUACAAGAGUUUUAGAUGUAUGUGAUAUAAGUAUAAAUGUCAAAUUUGCAAGUUCAACGGUUUCUCUGCUUCGCGUUGUUUCACUUGCGAGUGAUGAUUUCCUGGCGCGAUGAUGAUAAUCUGUGAUUAGUGCGCACAAUUCGUCAAAUUCUUUCUCAUAGGAAUUACUGUGUGGUCAUCAUGUCGUGAUCAUCUGGUCGAAACUGAAAGGAGUGUAACACUGCAUUUGAAGGAAUAGAAUACAAUUACCGAAGCAGAGGAUGCGCGAGUAUUUCAUGUAUGCGAGAAAGCGAGAUUGCUGUAUGGAAGAAAGAACGAAUACGAGAAGUAUGAAUGUGUAAGUAUAUAAUGAGAGAAAAUCUGCUAUAUGAGAAACAUAACAAUUGUGUACAUAAAUGCUGAACUUCAAAUGUAUUCUUCCUUAUUAUCACGUAUAAUGUAUAAUUUUAAACAUUGUAAGUGGUAAUAUGAACCAUAUACAUAUAUACAUAUAUAUAUAUAAAUAAAUAUAUAUAUAUACAUAUAUAAGUCGCUGAUCGAAUCUAAAUCGUUACUUGUUUUUUAUAUAUAUAUUAUAAAUAUAUAUAAAACAAAACGCGGGGGGAGGGGGGAAGCUGGACCAAGACCUAACUAAACUCUCAAUCGUCGCAGAUCUAUAUUAAUCUCAGUGCAAUUUGUUAGAGGAAGAAAUAAAGAUUCGGUCCGCAUCGGAAAAGAAUCACUAAAAACUAUUGUAACUAAAUAUGCUUUAUUAAAUGGGUGUUUAUUAAA